GAAAACAACAGAAAAGAAAAACAUUUUCAAUUUUAUUCAUUCACAUUAAAUUUAAUGGCAUCAUAAAAUGACUAAUUUUCCAUUCAUACAUUCAUUCAUUGUUGCAUUUUGAAUUUGAUUACAGUUGGUUCGCGUUUCCGUUACCAUCAUUUCCGAAUCGAAUCAAAUUUGAUAGAUUUGUCGAUCAAACAAACAAACAAACAAACAAAAAAAUUAAGACGAAUCAGCCGUUUUUUAACCAGUGUAAUAUCCGUUUGUAAGUCUAUGAUGAUUAUGUUAAAUGUGUUGAUUAUAUGACAUAUUGAUUAUAUUUUAUCAUUAUGAUGAUUGUAUCAUAAGGCUGCACUUGAACGAUAUGUUUGUUCUGAGAUCAUUUUUUUUCUAUCUUAUGUGUUUAUAUAUAAAAUUAAAAAAUGUUUGCCCAUAUAUUGAUUAUUUAUCAUUUUGGUGAAAACAUGAACAUGAAUGGAUUUGAACAUUUAAAGUUUAUCGAUAGUUGAGGUAUUUAUAUCUUGUUCACGUAGCCGUUUUUUAAAUCAUCUUUUUUUCUGUUAGUUGUUGAAUAUUGAUGAUGUUGUUUAACGAUAAUGUUGUUUUGCCAUUUUUGAAACGAAAUUUCAUUCGUAUUCGAUUGAUCAAAGACUUUCAUUGUAUUUGCUUUAAUUCAAUUAUAUUAUUGACUGAAUGAACAUCAUCAUAAAAAAAAUGAAGUACGUGUUCAAUUUGGUUUUUUUCCUAUGUUCUCUGAUGGUUGUUUUGACUAAUUGUUCCAAAAACAAUAAUACAACAACAACAACAACAACAACUUCAACAAAAAUAAUAGCCACAACGGCUAAAACAACAACAACAAUUAUAUCUGUCGAUGAGCUUGUCGAUCAAAUCAUUAAAAAUCAAAGUAAUAUUACUGUUUUACCGAAUCGUAUUGGAGAAAAUUACACCAUAGAAGAUGAUCGUGAUAUAAAUCCUGAUCUGAUCAAUGUUUUAAGUUUUUUGCCACCUGAUUUUAUGAAUGCUCAAUUACGUCGAAAUGGUGGCUAUAUUGUUCACAUUUUAAUAUUCUGUUAUCUAUGUUUUGUUUUAACAUUGGUCAUUGAUUCAUAUUUUGUACCAUCAUUACAAAUGUUUAGCCAUGUUUAUGGAUUAUCACCAAAUAUUGUUGGUUCAACAUUAAUGGUAUUAGGAACAUCAUCACCGGAAUUGUUCACUUCAAUAAUUUCCGUGUUUAUUGGUGGAAAAUCAAUCGUUACCGGUGCAAUUGUCGUAUCAAGCCUAUUCAAUUUAUUGGCUAUUCCAGGAAUAUGUGGCCUAAUGGUAUUGACACCAAGAACAUUUACAUUUAUACGUAUAAAUGCAUGGCCAGUACGCCGUGAAAUUGUCUUUUAUUCGAUUACAAUUGUUGUAUUCAUUCUGAGCAUCAAAGAUGAUUCAAUUGAUUGUAUAGAGUCAUUGAUAUUUAUUUUCAUUUACACUGUUUAUAUGCUUUGUCUUUAUCUUUGGUCAAAUUUCGAGAUAAUUCAACAGCAACAAAAUCGACGAAAAUUUUUCCAUGCUCAGGACCGACCUUGGCUUAAAUAUACCCAUUAUCUACAACAAUCAAAAAUCAAUAUGAAACCUGCCAUGAAAAAAUUAACGAUUGCCAAUCCACAACAACCGUCCACAAGUGGUAGCCAAGAAAAUAAUAAUAAUGGUGGUGGAUCAACACUUUAUCGUGGAACUUUUCCACAAGAUAAAUAUCUAAAAUCGAUAUUGAUACCAUUUCAAUGGAUAUUUUCAAUAACAAUUCCAAGAGUUAAUCGACGAUCAUUCAUUGCAACAUAUAUACUUUCAAACAUUUGGAUUGUUGCUAUAACCUAUUUUCUUAUGUGGAUGAUAUCAAUCAUAAGCAAAGCUAUUCAUUUUACUCAUUCAAGUUCAGUGUUAACCAUGUUAGCACUUGGUAACAUAACCAAAAUGAUAUCUUCAAUCAUUGUCAUUAAACGAUUACAUUUAGUCGAUAUGGUAAUAUGUCAUGCAAUUGGUUCAAAUAUUUUCAACAUUCUUAUCUGUCUUGGAUUACCAUGGUUUCUAAAGAUUUUCAUAUUGACCGUGAAAGAAGGUACAACAUUGGAAAAAUUACAAGCCUAUACAAUUGAUAUUGAUUAUCGAUUAUUUGAAUAUGUUGCUAUAUCAUUAACAUUAUUAUUACUAAUAUUCAUAUUUAUAUUCUACUUAAGUAAUUGGAAAUUAUCAAUCAAAUCUAGCUAUUCAUUUACUAUUUUAUAUAUUUUUUUUCUUGUAUGUUUACUCAUAUUUGAUCAUUAUAUUUCGAUUGUAUAAAAUGGUAAUGAAUUUAAAAGUAAUAAUCAUCAUCAUUGUUCGUUUUUUUUAAACCAAUAUUUUUUUUAUAUA